AUGAACUCGGCUUGGAACUUGACGGAGCCGCUUGGCUGUGACGAGCUCGGUCUUGAAGAGCUAGGCUUAAGGCUGCUUGGUGGUGACGAGAUUGGCUGUGAUGAACUCGGUCUUGAAGAGCUGGGCUUAGAGCUACUUACCCGCGAAGAGCUCGGCUUGGACGAGCUUCGUCUCGAAGAGGUAGGUUUUGAAGAGGUAGGUUUUGAAGAGCUGGGCCUCGAACUGGGCUUAGAGCUACUUGGCUGUGAGGAACUCGGCUGUGAUGAACUUGGCCUGGAGCUUGAUUUUAAAGAGCUGGGCUUGGAACUGCUCGGCCGCGAUGAGCUAGGUUUUGAUGAACUUGGCUUGGAGCUUGGCCUUGAAGAGCUGGGUUUAGAGCUGCUUGGCUGUGACAAGCUAGCUCUUGAUGAACUAGGCUUCGAUGAACUGGGCCUUGAAGAGCGAGGUUUUGAAGAGGUUGGCUUAGAGCUGCUUGGUGGUGACGAGCUCGGCCUCGAGCUGGGUUUCGAAGAGGUGGGUUUAGAGCUGUUUGGCCGUGAUGAGCUCGGUCUUGAAGAGCUAGGUUUUAAAGAGCUCGGCUUAGAGCUGCUCGGCCUUGAUGAACUCGGUCUUGAAGAGCUGGGUUUGGAGCUAGGCUGCGAUGAGCUGGGCCUCGAACUGGGCUUUGAAAAGCUUGGCUGCGAGGAGCUUGGUCCUGAAGAUCUGGGUCUCGAAGAACUGGGCUUUGCGGAGCUGGGUCUAGAGCUCGGCUGUGAAGAGCUUGGUUUUGAAGACCCAUGUUUCGAGCUGCUCGGUUGCGACGAGCUGGGCUUCGACAAGCUCGGCCGUGAAGAGCUCAGCUGUGAGGACCUAGGUGUAGAGCUGAGUGGUUGCGACGAGACAGGCUUCGCAGAGCUGGGCCUCGAGCUUGGCUUCGAUGAAGUUGGCUUUGCGAUACUACUAGGCCUUGACGAGGUCGGUUGUGAUGACCCCGACGGAUGUGAGCUGAAAGGUUUAGAAGAGCUAUGA